ACAUGGCGGAAGAGGAGACUGAAAUAAGCUUUAAAAAGGAAACCGUAAGCAAACUGCUAUGUGGUUUCUUCAAGGAAGACAAAACUAAACUUGGUGGUGAGGCAGCGCUGCUCAUGGCUGAGUUGCUGAAAGUCUUUGUCCAAGAGGCUGCCAUGAGGUCACUGAAACAAGCGGAAGCUGAGGACUGUGACCAGGUCGACAUUGAACAUUUUGAGAAGAUCCUACCUCAGCUGCUCCUGGACUUCUAGCACAGUGACGCCACAAGAUGGAGCCACAGUUCUGUCUUCAUGGCCACGGUUCAUUACUGUUUCUGAGCUCAACAUUUUCCAUCGCUGUUUAUAUUUUCAGUCUCACUGCGUUUUAAUUAUCACUCCAAUUCGAAGAGCAUGAAGACUUCACCUCUGUAUCGGUUUGAGCUUUGUGAUUUUGAGUAUUGAGUUCCGUUGGCCUCUGCACACCACCAGCACCAAUAAGGGCCACCUGUGCUCCUCCGUGCAACAACAGGUGCUUCCAGCAUGCUCCGUGGCGCCGUUCAUCAAAGCCUCCAGGAGCAGUUGGAAGCAAUUAGAGUAAUAAGGGGAGCAGCCAGUCCCUUAGAUGAUGACAAGUGCCAGGAAAAAAGGAGUACCCCCUCCGGCCACUUUGAAGUUCCCUUUUGCUGUCCUGCGAUGUUUAGUUAAAGGUGGGGGGAAGGGCAAAGGGGACCUCUGGCACAGGGGGGAAAGUUGAAUGGGAGUGUGUGUGCACGUAUGCGUGCAUGUGCUGGCCAAACAUGGUCGGAGACCACACGCGUAGAUAUCCUAUUUGAGAGGAAACAUAACAAAACACAUUGGAACAUGGUCCAAGAGGAGCAGGGUGUAAUUCUGAAGGUAAAUAAACAAAAGAGGCGAGCAGCAGAGGUGCUUUCUCUACUUUCAUCACAGCAGAGGGGGAAGUCGGGCCUACAAGGGAGAGGGUAAUGUGGGGUUUUCUAACCCGAGUGGCUCUGAUGGUUUUCCACCGGCGGUGCAGCCGACCAACGUGUCUUUACUGUGAGUCAGCAUAGCUGUACAACACCUCACACUGUUUAUUUGUGUGGCUCUCGGGUGACUCACUGGUGCUUACAAGCGCUGCUCUCAUACAGCUGGAAGCAACUUCGGCGAAAGUCAAAACUCCAGGCUCUUCGUAGGUGCUCAAGGACAGCACCUGGAAUUUGACCCGGCACCUUUUCAGUACGGUUCAGGCUGGAUUUGUGUUUCACAGGCGUCAGAGGAGGAAGGAUGUUUAGUUUAAUGAUGCCAUGAAGGCCACUUGGGCAGAAAAACGCUUUUUGUCUUGUAAAUUUGUUUUUUGUAAUCAUUACAAUAUUUAAUAAAAAAAACCAUGCCCUGUCUGUUCCUCUCUAUGGAGUUAAUUUGACAACAGAAUAUCUUGUAGAAAAAAAGUAAAAUAUGCUAGUUAAAACAUUUAAAACAGAAUUUUUGUCCAUUGUUAUUGUAUUUUAUUGCCCCUUUUGAAUUGAUUUGGACU